AUGCUUGAAAUUCGAGAGCUUCGACCGCUCCUGGCUAUUCUCAAUGAAGACGAUAAGCCGCUCGAUCAAGUCUCUAGUAUGUUCUUACGCACAUUUACGAAAAACGAUCACUUUAAAGUUGGCUGCACCAUCUGCAUCCUGCUGCAAGAUAACUUACUUACGAGCUCACAGCGUUUUGUAAGCUUCUCAAUCUUAUCCGAGUUGUAUCGCAAUGAAGGUACCUCAACGAAUCCGUUCUUGCCUGUGUUUCUCGAUGCACUCGAGAAAGGUAGCGAUCAAUGCGAGCAAAAGUUUAUUAUUCAUUUGCUUUCUCAAACAAGUGCUUCUCGCGAUUCCAGCAAAAAGACGGCAAAGCAAAUGAUUGCCGAAUUUCGAGCCAACCCGUCACAACCAGUGCAAUUUGACAUUCAAAGUUUAAAAAGUAGCUACUUGGAACGCACGCCAGAUGUUCCACAAUUUCGCGCAGCAGGGAUUCGCAAUGUUGUGACCGAUACAGAGUUUGAUUUGCAAGAACACGUGAAUAAUGGUGCUAAUCUUCAAGUGACUCCAAACGAAGUGAGCUCGUUGAACUUGCCGUGUUUUGAAGCGCUUUCACUGGAAGAAAUGAGUUUGCUUAGUGAUUUCGAGACAUCGUCGACUGCUUCGUCGAAUUCUGCAGCGAGCGUGUCGUCGACGGGAUCACUGUCAUUAUUAAGUCUUGAGCCGACCUUUAUGCGUCUUCCUCCGCCAAUUCUUGAACCAGAUAUGACGGAAUUAAUAUGGCUGAACCCGGACUAUUGCCCCACGUUGUUAUGGGAUGCAACUAUGCUGGAUUCAACGCAUGGGAUUGCACUGCGUGAAUUGAUGCUUCGUGCAUUCCAGAAGCCACUUGUGCCAUCGUUGCAGCAGAAGGUAUUGGCGGAACUUGAAGCAGAUCCUAAGCUCGUGUAUCAUUGCUCUUUGACACCACAACGACUACCAGAUCUCGUUGAAAACAAUCCAAUGCUGGCCAUCGACUGUUUGCUGAAGCUCAUGUCGUCCAAUCAAAUCACUGAAUACUUAUCAGCACUUGUGAAUAUGGACAUGUCCCUUCAUUCGAUGGAAGUGGUGAAUCGAUUGACUACAGCUGUGGAUUUACCAACCGAGUUUAUUCACUUGUACAUUUCUAACUGCAUUUCAUCGUGUGAAAACAUCAAGGACAAGUACAUGCAGAAUCGUCUCGUGCGUCUUGUCUGUGUCUUUCUGCAAUCUUUGAUUCGAAACAAGAUAAUCAAUGUACAGGAUUUGAUCAUUGAGGUACAAGCUUUUUGUAUUGAAUUUAGUCGAAUUCGUGAAGCUGCAGGGCUUUUUCGCUUACUUAAGACGCUGGAGUAA